UCAAUGUCGCUGAAAGUGACUUACGGGUGGCCUAAUGUGUAGCUUUGUGCUGUUCCCACUAAAGGGAUACUGUUCAACCGGCACACAUACGCCCCACUACACACGUACAAACACAUACUCCAGAUAGCAACGGCUACUGCGCGAGUCGUAAACAUGAGGAUAACAACAGCGACAUUGUUUCCAUUAUUUAUCGGCUUGUUCGGCUUGGUGGAGAACGUAAUUGGUCUCAAAGUGAAUAAGGAUCACCAGCACCAGCGACAGCUCUCAGGUGGUCCGCUCGACAGAGGUCGAGGCGGUUAUUCGUCGGUAAACGACGAUUUCGGCUACAUUUCCGAUGCCAUGCUGCCGGAUGUACAUGGCGACAGUACCAGCUUGCUCGGUGCUACUAUGUCAAAGGGCGCCACCAGUGCUGCCGGUGGUCCACCAUUCAAAUCGGAUGUCUCCACUAACUUGCCAGCUUUCUCCGGGACCGUUACCAAUGCAAAACCGAUGCACGGCGGUGCCGACGACCGGUACGAAGAAGAAGAAGAGCCGGACGAAGACGAUGGAUACGAGGAUGGGGGCGAACUAUUGGGGAACUUCGAUGAAGACAGUCGAGCUACCGAGGAUCGAGCUCCGAGUGAGAAUAAGCACGACUCGCUGGACUAUACCGAUAACAUUGAGGUAGCCUCCAUCGAUCAGAUCGAAAGCUUUGGAGCGGGAAAUGACGGGACUCCGCUUCCGGUGUUUCUAGUCGAGCCAAAGAGCACUUAUGUAAUGAAAAACCGACCAGCCAAGCUGUACUGUAAGGCGUCUCAUGCACUACAGAUCUCAUUCAAGUGCAGCGGAAGUACAAAACCUCCAACGGAGAAAGAACACCACACCGAUCCGCACAGCGGUGUUCAGCUGCAAGAAGCCACGGCCACCAUUACCCGCGAGCUGGUCGAUGAGUUCUUCGGCAAAGGUUCAUUCAAAUGUGAAUGCCGUGCCUACUCGUCCCGCGGCCAUGUGAAGACGCAACCGGUUACGAUCCAAGUGGCAACCAUUAAGAAACAAAUUAGCAUCUCACCGAAGAUCGUGCGCGUCGCCACGGGUGGUCGGGCCGAGCUGAACUGCAUCGCGAAUGCAACACCGGCGGCCAAAGUCGUGUGGCUGAAGAAUGGUGCCCCGGUGCAGGCCAAUCCACCGUUCGUACUGCUGGCUGACAACUCGCUGCUGAUUGCUCGAGUGGAAAUACAGGACAUGGCCAAUUAUACAUGUGUUGCGGAGAACAUCGUCGGUAAGCGCGUAUCUGAACCAGUUCCAAUCACCGUCUACGUUGAUGGAGGCUGGAGCCAAUGGAGCUCGUGGACGGACUGCAAAUGUCCCGGUCAUGCCAAACAAGGCCAAAAACGUACUCGUGUUUGCAAUAGUCCUGUACCAAUAAACAACGGAGCACCGUGCAAAGGUGCGAGCACAGAGUCCACUCCUGAUUGUCUUCCUUGCUCUGACGGUCUCCAAAUUGUGAAUCCUAAUGGAUAUCAUCUAAGUGCCGGUCGCUGGUCAAGCUGGUCCGAGUGGAGUGAGUGCGGCCCAGACUGCACCCAGAUUCGGCAGCGAUCGUGUAUCAGUAGCUCGUCUUCAAGCGGAAGUAUAACAGUAGCCACGGCCGCCUUGGUUGCUAACAGUUCCUCUGCCCAAGCAUUCGCUAUCGAUAGUGGUUCCAUCGUAAGCUGCGUUGGAAAAAGUCAACAAUCCAUCAAAUGCACCGGUGGGAUGUGUAACUACACGGCACAAGAUUCGAAUUGGUCCAUGUACCUGUGGGUUACCCUGAUCGCCGCAUUGUGCCUAGGAAUAUUUUUUGCCGUGUUUAAACUCAUCCGAAGGAAGAAAACCAUUCCAGCUUACAAUUUGGCUCGUUCAGAAAUGCCGACCGAAUAUUUCGCCAACGAGAGCAAAAAGCUGACCCAUUUCCAGCCGGAUCUGACGCAGAACACGGGCCCCAUCAAUUACGAGUACCCGAUGACAGCGUCCCACCAGCCACCGUCCCAUCCGACGGGUCACCUACAUCAUCAUCAUCUGUCUUCGCUGCACCACCAGCACGGUAGCGGUCUGCUGGGCCCGGUAGUUGCCGGCCACGGACAGCUUCAUCCCCAGAGCCAAUCGCAGCAUGCGCCAACCCUUCCGAUCGGGGGCCUUAAAUCGUCACUGCCUUUGCCACGGUCCAAUUCCGAGCACCAUUACGACGUGCCCCAUUUAUGCAAUAAUUACAUCUACCCGUUGGACAAAGUCAGCAUCAAUGAAUCAUACUCCUCGUCCACCUAUUCGAAGCGCGUGUGCAGUGUGGAAUCGCUCGAGACAUCGACCAACACAUCAGCAGAUUCCGCCUACGAUCAGGCACCGAUGAUUCCCAACAACAGUUCGCCCGCCAUUCGGCCGACGACCCUAGUGGAAGAAGCGGGAACGUUCCGGGGGACCGAGGUAACGCACGCGACGCUCACACCGGCCGGAGCAUUGCUUAAGCUAAACACCUACUCAACAGCGCUGCUAAUCCCCGAAGGGGCCAUUCCGAAGCAUCAACGGCACAGCGUGGUGCUGUCGAUCGUGCGCGACGACAAGCAUCACGUGCCUGUACCGACCGGGCCCCGCUCAACUUACCUCAGCCCGGUAGUGUUCUGUGGUCCGGUCGAUACGAAAGUAAAUAAACCGAUCGUCAUGAAGUUACCGCACUGUGCGGAGAACCUUUCCAACUGGGCCUUUUCGCUGUACAGUGCCCCAGACAAUGUGACUGCAUGGAGCAAGGUCGUGACCAUAGGCGAAGAGACGAUCAACACACCGGCGCUGGUGCAGAUCGAUAAGCGGUACGCGUACGUACUGACCGAAACGUUCGGCAAGUACGUGCUGGUGGGCGAGUCGGCCACCGACAUUCAGGAGCGAGUCGCUUGCAAAAAGCUGCGGCUCUUUAUCUGCGGUCCGUCAACCAUUCCCGAGUUUUCCGAUGUUAGUUUGCGGAUCUACAUCGUCGAAGAUAACCCAGGUGCUGAGGAACGGUGCCGACACUGUGAGCAGGAGAUCGGUGGUGUAGUGCUCGGUCGCAGCACGGUACUACACUUUGCCGAUGUUGGACAGGGUCUAAUCAUCGACAUGCAGUGUGUUGGUGGCUGGCGGACGAAAAGUACCAGCGAACGACAAACCAUACCAUUUUCGCACGUGUGGAACAGCAACUGUACCGCACUGCACUGCAGUUUUACGCUGUGUCGGACGGAGCACGACAAGUGUGACUUUAAGAUCGAAGUGCAAGCGACACAGGAUUGCGGCUCGUUGGAAAGUCUCAGUGCGAUCGGUGCACCAGCUACGAUGAGCAUUUCCUCGUUUGUUCCGAUGCCAAAGGAUGGCCACUGUCAGCAUUCAUCUAGUUCCUUCGAAACCAUGACCAUCUGCAGUGUCGGGUCGGGAUCGGGCGAUCAUACCAAUGUGCUUGCUACCGAUCGCUUCCGGCUAUCGAAGGACGUAAAACGGAAGCUGUGCCGUUGCCUCGACCCACCGACCCAGAAGCGUAACGAUUGGCGUAUGCUCGCGGCCCACCUCAACGUUGACCGAUACCUCACGUAUUUCGCCACCCGGCCCUCACCCACCGACCAGAUUCUCGACCUAUGGGAGUGUCGCAAUCGCGAGUUGAACGCUUUACAGCAACUGAUCGAGAUCUGCCGAACGAUGGAACGACCGGAUGCGGUCGCAAUACUCGAACAGAUCCACACUGCUCCCUGGGUGUAGAUGCGAUCGUCAUAUGCUCAUUACAACGGUUGGCUACGGUGGCUGCUGCCACGAAAUACACGGAAGCCACAACAGAACUAACGAAUAACCCAAGCGAUGGCUGCGAUAUAGGUCAAGUCACUCUUUAUAAAUAUUUAUAAUUCAUUAUCUCCAAACGGACACCGCUAGUCGGUCUGUCAGCAUUGCACCAACCGUUUUACCGAAUGACUGACAGGCGGUCUGUCCU